UUCACAUUUCACAGACAGCAAUCCACCUAUACAUGUCCGUGAUUCACGUUUGUGACGACGGUACUCGUGCUCGCCGAGACUGCAUGUUUCCGGUUGAGGUUUUCAGCGAACUCACUACAAUGACAGCACCGUUUCUGAAGCAGUGGAUGUCAGCCUUAUGCCGGCACCCGCAGAGUUUUUCUAAUCCAUCAUCCAAAUCUGCGAGUAGCAUAGCUACACAGAUUAUAAGUAACAGAGCAGUUUCAGCCAAAACUUCUGCAUCUCCAACUGCUAGUUUUUCUGUCGUGAGCUCCAGUAGUUUAAUGGCCAAAGAAAGCAACCUUUUAUCCGCAAGCACACCUCUGAUGCUGCUAGUGCGUGGAAGGGCACGUAUACACUACCAACCCAGUGCCUGGAAGCGAGUGAACAAACAUGGACUCGAGAAGAGACUCCUUACCCAAAGUGGCAUUGAAGUGCUAUGGCGGCGAUAUUUAAAAGAUCGUCAUGUUCUUACACCCUUUGAGAGAAUCUUGUCUGGAACUUACAAUGGUCAGAUUUUACCAGACAUCACCUAAAGUACAAUCAACAUUUGGUGAAUAAAGAUUUGCUAAAAGGAUAUACUUUCACUGCAAAAAGAGUAAACACAAGAAAGUUGCGACGAUAAAUAUGUAAAAGGUGGAGUCUUUCGGGAAAUUGUAACAUAACACAUGGUAUGGCAUAGCAGCCAGCUAUGUAUCAAAGUUUCUGCCCAUAACAGUAACUGUGGAUUUUUGUAACAAAUUUGUUUUCCAUACUCUGCAAAUAUUCAAACCAUAAAUUCAUAGCAUUAGCAGUGACCUUGUUUUCUGUAUGUUUGGAAUUGUCUUAUCCUUAUCAUAAUUCUGUAAGUUGUCAAAAAGUGUAAGAAAUUUAGAGGUUCAUUUUGUUUCUCCUUGAGUAAAAUAGACAUUUUGAA